AAGCAGAACAGACCCAGCUACUAUCGCAAUUGGUGUUUAUGGGAGAACCACCCCUUAAGCAGAGCCUGGAACGGUGACCAAGGUAAAUGGACAACGGUAAACCGCGUCUUCAUUUAUCUGAAACGUAAUAAAGCCCUUUCUUUUUUUUAUUUUUUUUAUAUAUAGUCGUUGAGAUUCAGAGAGCUGACAUUCUGAGCCUCAAGUCGGUAGAUUAUCAUGUCUCUGUCAGACCUUUAUACACCCUCUUUGCUACAAUCUUACCCAAAUGCAUGAUGGGGGUCUGCCACAACUUCUGGCCCCAGCGCCCCCCACCUGACGCCCAUGAUGCCCAGCCCCUCAUCGCUAAACAAUGCAGUACUGAUGAUAGCCAGCAGGGGGCAGACAGGACACAGCUCAAAAAGAGACGUUGGUGUCGCAUCAGCUGCCUGUUUCUGUUCCUGGUCGUGAUGAUGAUUGUGGUCAUCCUGGUAAUUGACCUCAAAGAACGCAUCUCACCUUCAACAACCAAUCCAGCAGCUAACAUGUCAGUUAGGAUUCUGGCCACUCCUCUUCCGUAUGUGUCCCCAGGACCGUACCAUGUAGAAUACCCAUCAGAGUACAUCUUCAUCCUGGAUGAGCCAGAGAAAUGCCGGAAGCAGAACCCCUUCCUGGUUCUGAUGGUGCCAGUGGCGCCCUAUAACAGGGACGCUCGUGACGCCGUCCGCAGUACUUGGGGCAGUGAGAGGCAGGUACUGGGCAAAGAGGUCCGUCUGUUCUUCCUGCUGGGACUGCCCAGUGGAGAGAAGACAGAGCAGCUCCAGGAGAAGGUGCUGCAGGAGAGCAAAGAGCACCAGGAUCUGCUGCAGAGCGACUUCAUAGACAGCUACAAAAACCUGACCAUCAAGACCAUGGUGAUGAUGGAGUGGCUGAGCUCUCGCUGCCCCAACGCCUCCUACGCCAUGAAGAUCGACUCAGACAUGUUCCUCAACGUGAACACCUUGGUCAACAUGCUGCUUCACGCUCCAAAACAGAACUACAUGACUGGACUAGUGGCCCGAUGGGGCGCCGUUCUAAGAGACCGUAACUCCAAAUGGUAUCUUCCAAUGGAGGUGUUUCCUGAACUGAUAUAUCCACCUUACGCUCUGGGCCUGGGCUAUGUCUUCACCUUAGACCUCCCCAGGAAGCUGGUGGAGGCGUCCAGGCAUGUUAAAGCUGUCUACAUAGAGGAUGUGUAUCUGGGACUGUGUAUGAAACACCUGGGCAUCCGGCCUACUGACCCCCCCAAUGGAAACCUCUUCCAGGUUUCCCCUGUGGCUUAUGACCGCUGCACCUACUCGCGGCUGAUAGCCACAACCACAUACAGUAUCACUCACCAGGUCAACGCAUGGACAGACCUACACAAACCUGGUCCUCCCUGCUGAUCUCAUAGAGUAACAAAAAGUUUCUGCAAUAUUGAAGGUCCCCAAGAACACAGUGGCCUCCAUCAAUCUUAAAUAGAAGAAGUUUGGAACCACCAAGACUCUUCCUAGAGCUGGCCGCCAAGCCAAACUGAGCAAUCGGUGGAGAAGGUCCUUGGUCAGGGAGGUGACCAAGAACGCGAUGGUCAUUCUGACAGAGCUCUAGAGUUCCUCUGUGGAGAUGAGAGAAUCUUCCAGAAGGACAAUGAUCUCUGCAGCACUCCACCAAUCAGGCCUUUAUGGUAUGCUGUGGGGAUGUUUUCAAUGCCAGUGACUGGGAGACUAGUCAUGAUUGAGGCAAAGAUGAACGGAGCAAAAUACAGAGAGAUCAUUGAUGAAAACCUGCUCCAGAGCACUCAGGACCUCAGACUGGGGUUACAGUUCACCUUCCAACAGGACAAAAACCCUAAGCACCCAGCCAAGACAAUGCAGGAGUGGCUUCGGGACAAGUCUCUGAAUGUCCUUGAGUGGCCCAGCUAGAGCCUAGACUUGAACCCAAUCGAACAUUUCUUGAUAGAUCUAAAAACAGCUGUGCAGCAACACUCCUCAUCUAACCUGAAAGAGCUUGAGAGACUCUGCAGAGAAGAAUGAGAGAAACUCCUCAAAUACAGGUGUGCCAAGCUUGUAGCGUCAUACCCAAGAAGACUCAAGGUUGUAAUCACUGCCAAAGGUGCUUUGACAAAGUACUGAGUAAAGGGUCUGAAUACUUUCCAAAGGCAAAAUUUUCUAAAAUCCUGUUUUUGCUUUGUCAAUAUGGGGUAUUGUGUGUAGAUUGAUGAGGGGAAAUAACUAUUUAAUACAUUUUAGAAUAAGGCUUUAACCUACCAAAAUGUGGAAAAAGUCAAGGUGUCUGAAUACUUUCCAAAGGCUCUGUAUACCUUGGUGAAGAACAUUUACACCCUGAAGGACCAGUUUCUUCACGUUACGUCCUUUGGGAGAAUGUUGUUUUUCUCUGAACCAAGGCAGACACCUUGCCUCACCGGUUUUUCAUUCAAAAGCCUUUUUUAAACAAAGACUGAGAGCAGCAGUUAUCUGUCUAACAUGGACUAAGAAAUGGAUUCACCGGGUUGGGUCUGUCUGUGGUGAAUGUGUGUACUACACUGAAGCAGCAGACACCCAGAACAAGUUAAACAGGUUUAUUGUAAUAGAGACUAGUUGGCUGUGUUUAGACAGGCAGACCAAUUCUGUUCUUUUAUACACUAAAUGUUCAUUUGACCAAUAAUCACAUCUAUUUCAGAACUGAUCUGAUGGUCAAAAGUCUAAACACAGCCGCUGCACUGCACUUCAUAAUCAGGUUUGCCUUUUCCCAGAGUGCAUCUGUAACAGGUUAAUUUGACCCUGCUUCUCACAGCAGGGAAAAUAACACUGGAGCAGCAGAACAUGUAGAUUAUAAUUAACAACUUUUUGGUUGUCGUAGGGGUUGAUAUAGUUUUCGUGAGGGCAAAUCAUGUUUGAAAUGUUAAAGUGGAAAUUACAAACUUUAGAACCCUUUUUAAACCACUAAAAUUGGCAUUUCCUGCUACGCAGGAAUAUUCUCUGUGACAACAGAGUGAUCAAAUAGACAGCAGAUCUGUGUAGUUCCUGACGGAAAGAAGUGAAGGGGAACUGUGAAGGCUUUGGCUGUAGAGGCAAUAGAAUAGUAGACCAGGCACUUUCCCCAAAGUCACAAGUCAGGGGGAACUGUGAAGGCUUUGGCUGUAGAGGCAAUAGAAUAGUAGACCAGGAUGAAGGGUGUCAUUUGGGGCCAAGCAUUGUCACCAAAGUCACAAGUCAAAAGUUUUUUUAUUUUCUUUAUUUAACUAGGCAAGUCAGUAAAGAACAAAUUCUUAUUUACAAUGACCGGCCUACACCGGCCAAACCCAGACGACACUGGGCCAAUUGUGCGCCGCCCUAACAGGACUCCCAAACACGGCCGGUUGUGAUACAGCCUGGAAUCGAACCAGGGUGUCUGUAGUGACGCCUCAAGCACUGAGAUGCAGUGCCUCAGACCGCUGCGCCACUCAGGAGCCCCAAGUCAAGAAGCUUCGUAUGAGCUGUAGUGUUUAUUAUGUGGCGGAAGGAGGAAGGUUUAGUCCAGCUAUCAGGAAGAGAUGCUACCUUGCAUUCAUUUUGCACUUGGCAGGGUCAGAGGGAAUGUGGUUUGCCUGAGAGUUUGUGCCAACUGCGUUGAUGACAGCUGAGACGGCACACUGAGGAGGACCUAUCACUUCCUCCUUCGUUCUUGACAGAGAUGUAAUCUGGUGACUUUGUAAUGCAUUUCCACUUUGAUUAAAAUGUUUUAAUAAUGA